AUGAUGGACUUGAAGGGGAUUGUUCAUGGCCACGGCCAUAGUCGCCGCCGCACGGUUUCAAAUGCUAGCUCCAUCAGGUCGAACCGCUCGGCAGACGACAUGAAAGGAGAGGCAGCGCAGGACGACACGCUCGUGGUCGAGCCCGACCAGGGCAAUGUUCUUACACACAUCAUCUCACAACUGCGCCCUGGGGCCGAUCUAAGUCGUGUCGUACUACCGACAUUUAUCCUCGAGCCAAGAAGCAUGCUGGAGAGAAUAACCAAUGGCGUCAAGAAGCCUCUCAACCCGAUCCUAGGGGAAAUCUUCACUUGCUACUGGGACUUCCCUGAUAACACUCGUGCCUAUUACAUCUCUGAACAAACAUCUCACCAUCCGCCAAAGUCUAGCUACUUCUACAUGGCGCCUGAGCAUCAUAUCCGAGUCGACGGAACCUUGAAGCCGAAAAGCAAAUUCCUGGGCAACUCUGCCGCAAGUCUGAUGGAGGGUACGGCUAUUCUGUCGCUCCUUAACAGGGGCAAAGACCGGACCAAGGGAGAGAAAUACCACUUGACUCAGCCGAACAUGUACGCACGCGGCAUCCUUUUUGGCAAAAUGAAGUAUGAGCUAGGCGACCAUAGCUUUGUGAAGUGUCCAGAACUUGGACUGGUGGCCGACAUCGACUUCAAGACGAAGGGAUGGGUUUCAGGCUGCUACAACGCUAUCGGCGGAACGAUCAAGGACGAACACACAGGCGAGAUCCUUUACGAAUUAUCUGGCCUCUGGAGUGAUGAAAUGUUCAUCAAGGACAUGAAGACUGGUCACAAGGAGAUGUUUUUCGAUGCGCACAGGGCCAAGCCAUCCCCUCCUAUGGUAAGGCCGAUCGAAGAACAGGAGGAGCGUGAAUCUCAGAGAUUGUGGCAGAAGACAGCGCAAGCCGUCAAGGAUUCUCAACACGAACUCGCCACGGAAGAGAAGACCAAGAUAGAAGAUAUGCAGCGAGAGGAGGCCAGCAGGAGAAAUCAGGAGGGAGUCGAGUGGCAUCCCCGUCUGUUUCGGCGUGUAAAGGGAGGCCAGGGUGGAAGCGAAGAAGGCGAGGAGGAUCUUGAGUGGAUCAUAAACGCUACGAUUGAUGGUCAAACACCCGAGGCGAAGACCAACCAGAUUCUAGCCAUAUAUCCUAUCCUCAAAGGCCAAAAAUCCAGCGAACGAAACCCCAUCCCACCACGAGGCUCCUCGUUCCGCCAACCGAAAACACAAGAGUCAGCUCCUCAAAGUGGUGAUUUGAUCGACUUUGAUGGUGGUAAUGAGUCGAUACCCGGCCAUGCUCCCCUGCACCCGGACUCAAAAGCAACGACAGAGAUGCCACCUACGAAUACCAAUGGCAGCAACGACAUCAAGCAGCUGCUGAACGCAACUGGGCAACCGCCAAAUAAAGACGAUCCACUAGUUGAUUUUGGCAAGGAUCUCAACAAAAGCCUACCCUCGAUGAAGAGAGCAGACACUGAAGAAUCGGUAGACGAGUUCCAUGACGCACACGAGUAA